AUGUCUGAAGUAUUCAGUAGUUAUGAAAUUGAAUUUGAAAAAUAUUAGUAAUAAAUUUGUUAAUUGAUACGAUAAACACAAAUUAAUAAAUCAGAUGAAACUUUAAAUGAGAUAUCUUAAGUUUUUAGUGACUUGUAGAAUUGUGUAAAAAUUAUAUUUUAUUUGUAUAGUUAUAAUAAAUGGAUAUAGAAUCAGCUAGUAUUGCAGUCUCUGAUAGAUAAGAAUUAAAAAGCAAAGUGAAAAGAUAUAAAUCAGAAGUUGAAGCAUUAAAAAAAUAAUUUAGAAUUAUUCAAGAUGAAGUUUCAUCACAAAAAACUAAAGAUUCUUUAUUUGGUGAAUAGGAUAAUCAAUAAAUACAAUUUAUAAAUACUUAAGAUAAAUUAAUCAAAUAAACAUUAUAAUUAGAAGAUGCAAAAAAAGUUUGUUUUGAGAUUGAAUCAAUUUCUAAUAAUAUAUAAGUCCAAUUAAAAAAUCAAUCUGAUGUAUUAGAUAGAAAUAUCAAUAAAAUGCCAGAAAUUUAAUAUGAUUUAGGAGAAUCAAAUAGUCGAUUAUCAAGAAUUAAAUCAAAAAUGAGAGAACAUAAAAUAAUAUUCCUAAUUGUUUUUGCCAUAUUUUUGACUGGUAUUUCUAUUGUUUUAGUAUAUAAAUAUGCUUGA